GCAAUCUCAGGAGUUCAGAACUUGCCAUCUUUCCACAUCUAUCGCAACCUGUACUCAACGAAACCAGGAGUCGCCGCAUUCCUUAUACUUGUUCGCGCGUCGUCGGUACCGUGUCAAUUAGCUCGGAGAAUCUGAAGCCUUAAGAACUAUCAUAGUUUGAGAUUCUCUCCCUCAAAAAUAUAUAUAUACCAAACUUUUUUGUUCCUCAUCUACAAGCUCAACAAAGCUCGGGAUUUCAUAGAGAUUCUCUUUCAGAAGAAGGAAGUUUCUCUCUCAUUUUUCAUUUUUUGUUCUGAGUUGUGUGAACUUCAUCAAGCAGAUUUGGAUGACGGUUCUGCUGUAGGUUGAAGACGAAUUCCCAUAAACCGCUGGACAAAUCCCUGUCCGGACUGGUAGUUGCCAUCUUCUCCCCCCUCCAACUGGCGGAAUAGUUGUCCUCACAUACACCUCACCAACCGCCAUAAGGUAAUACCGGAUCCAAUUUUUUCAUCGGCUUCACAAGCAAACCUGAACUUUACCCGGACGGUGCACAAAAGUACUAUCAACCCCUAGGGCCCGAGACCGCCUCCGCAACAUCCUACACUAUUGAGAACUGCGGGCUACAAGAAGGCCUCUUAAAAGUGGUUUCGUUCCACCGACUAUAAAGCUGGGGUUAAAUUAAGCCUCUGAGCUUUAUAAGUAUUAGGUUUUUAAUUACAACAAUGGCUCGCCCGUCUUGCCCGAAGCCUAUCCUACGGGAGAAAGGACCUAGAUGCCACCCAUCCACGCUCUCAUUUCCCACUGCCUCCGCUUCCAAUUCGAAAACUCAGCAUGCGUCUCAGCUCGCACUAAUCUCCCAUACUUUAUCUCCUCUCCACACUCUACUUUCACAGCCCAUACCAUUCGUUAAAACACAAACCAUCUCGGGCACUCUUGCAGAGUGUCAAACAGUUCUUAGUCUUGGAUAUUUUGGCAGGGAAAUGGGUAGGAAAAGAAGUUUAGCCUCUGCGGAAGGCAAAGCUAUCAAGAGGGUCAGAAGAAAAGGUUCCACCAACAAUGUCAAUUCUCGGGAUCUUGGUGGAGACGAGCUUCUGGAGCAACCUCAGCCCGUCUCCGAGCGGAAGGUUGUAGGAGAGGUCUCUGUCGGGAAGACUACACUCGAGACUCCUGCGAGAAAGAUAAAGUUGCCCCAACCAGGAAAAUCUACCAUUCCACCAAAGGACAAGAAAAAUAAGCCAAAUAAGGAACUUGCCAACACAACUUCAACAAAGUCAAAGGCCAAUGGGGGAGCUACCUCGAAACCAGUUCCAGGCUCCCAAAAGAAAGUUAUUAAGAAAAAUGGACUCAAAGAUGUUCCACAUUUGCCCGAGUCGGGUGUUCCCAGUGGGCAAUCCACAGGGUCAACCGUCCUUCUCCCUGAUGGGGCCACGGCGCCGGGAAUGACAAUUGUGGAGCGGGAUUCCACUUCUAAGAGCCAAUUCAAAAACUUGAAGCUCAGUACGGGCUCGAUUGCUAAUACAUCUGGGAAGACAGUUGUUUCGGGCACAUCCAACCCGGACAGAAAAACAGAAGCUCUGUCUGAACGAUACUCAGGGGAGUACCCGGAUAAACAGCGGGUCAAAGGCAUACAAAAUCGCUCGGCUUUUUGCUAUAGGAAUUCCGUACUACAAUUACUCGCAUCCAGUGAAGUUUGUGUACAAGAGAUGAUCGGGCAUAUAGAGAUGCAUAUAGAGGAGAGUUGUAGGUACCCAAUUCUCAUAUUACCAGUUUCAGGAAUGUCUAAUUUGUUCAAGGUCGCUGUGGUCCUAAUUGUGUUUCCUGUGCGCUUGGAAAAUUCUUCCAGAACCAUUUCACUUCUGCCGGAAUGGAUCAGAACGAGAACACAUGUAUAUCACUAGUGGCUCAGCUUUGCAAGGGUACAAUUGCUGUAUACGCAGGCCGUAAUAAAGAAGAAUGCUGACUUCUCAACUAAGUUCUCCCUUAUCAAUUCGGACUUGAAGGCAAUCAAGAAGAUACAUCCGAAUACCUGCUUGCUUUACUCAACAAAGGAAUGGACCAACUCAAUAGGUAUUCAUUCCCCACACCAAUAGUUGCUAUUAUUAGAUCUAACACCACUGUCAGUGCGCAAGAAACAAAUUCAGAGGAGAAUUACUUUGACCGUUUAUUCGGUGCAAAGUACGAUUCUAUUCUUACUUGCCGCAUCUGCAAAAAUCAAUCAGUUACACCCGAGCACCAGCUGAGCCUUCAGUUGACACCAAAAGUAAACCCGAAGGCUACAAUAAACCUUAAAGCCUGCUUCACAGAUAAUUUUUCGGGGGAGGAUGUCGAGGCCUCCUGCGACAAUUGCGGCCAUAAGGCAAACCUUUCGGAUAAAUCGAAAUGUUUUUCCAAGAAGACAGAGAUUAGGAAACUUCCUAAAUUUCUUAUUAUCACUAUUUCAAGAUAUAGCAUUGGGAACUCGGGUGUGUCCAAUAAGAUUAUGAAUCCUGUAAAGGUGGAGGAGAAACUAGUCCUGGAAGAAGGUGACAAAAACGUCACCUAUCAGCUCACAGGUAUAAUCUCCCAUAAGGGCAGCGAGCUCAAGUGUGGUCACUAUAUUGCCUUCAUCAAACAGCCCGACAAGACUUGGGCCAAAUGUGAUGAUAGUACGGUAAGACAGACCGACCUGAAGCAAAUAAAGUCUCAGCAGAAUACCUUCCAAAUUUAUAUGUUAGGGUAUGAACAGGUUACUCGUUAACUACCAGGGUAUUUUGCUGUUUUUUUUUUUGUUUUACAUUUUCGCCUUUCAAAGUAAAUAAAUAGGGGAUUUGUUCAUAUCUUCUUCUAUAAAAAUACCGGCUGCUGCAAACCAUAGCUAUGAAACAAAAA